UUACAACAUUUAGCAGUAUAAUACCUAGAAUUGAAUCCAAAAUGUCUGCCGAUGAAUGGGAUGCCGAUGACUUUGAGCCAGCUGCUCCAAUUGUUGGAAAGACUGAUAAAUGGGAAGGAGAAGAUGAAGGCGACGAUGUGAAGGACAGCUGGGAUGCUGAAGAUGAUGAAGAGAAGAAGGCAGAAGAAGAUACUGGAGUUAAAGCGGUACAAAGGAAGAAAAAGAAGCCCCUUGCAGAAAGAAUAGCUGAGAAAGAAGCUGCUAGAAUUGCUAAGGAGCAAGCUGAGAAAGAAGAAAACCGAGAAUUGACCAAAGAGGAAAAGCAAGCUGAGGCUGAGAGACUGAAAAAAAUCCAGGAAGAAUCGGAUCUAAAGCUAGCAAAGGAAGCUUUUGGAGUGGAUGCCACUGGUUUAGAUGCAAUGUUCCCUGUCACAGAAGAAGAAUUUGACAAAUUUCGAGAUGCCUUAAAAUUAAAAAUUUCCCGUUUCAAUAGCUCAAAACAUUAUGGUACAUUUAUAGAGAAGUUAAUGCAAGACCUAAUCAUGGAUAUAAAUAUAGAUGAUUUGAAAAGGAUCAGUGCAAGUACAAGCUCUUUUUUCCAUGAAAAACAGAGAAUACAAAAGGAACAGGAAAAGAAGAAAAAGAAAAAAUCAAAAGGCAUUGUGAAAACGGAACGGGAUUCAGAUUUCAACGAUAUAGCUGCUGCUGGCCGCGGGGACUAUGAUGACGCGUAUUACGAUGAAGACUUUAUAUAGCAUCCGUUUCUAUGGAAACUGUUUCAUUGUGUAUACAUUAUUACAUUAUAUAAAUCUGGAAAGUAUGAGCUUUUCAAGCGUAUUUAUCUCAUAUGAACAAUUGGCAUAAUACAAGCAAUUUGGCACAAGCGCUUAUUGACAUCAUAACAGAAGGUUUGAUAAUAGAUAAGAUUGUAAUUGUAUUGUGAAGGUGAGAAGGGGACAGGGAGUAAGUUUGGUUGUGCAGUUUUGAAUAUCAUACCUUAGCCAACUGUUUUACAGUUACAAACAUUUUCUGGCUAGGUUGCAGAAAUGCUUGAUAACUGUUGUGUAUGUUGGACUGUAUUAUUGAUUUUCACAUGCAAUGUACAUCCAAGAAUGGAGAAGUGAUAAAAAUAACAGUUACUUUCAUUGUGGCUCAUUGUAGCUGAUUGAGACAAGAAACCAGACUGCAUAACUUCUGAAUUAUUUUUUUUUUACCUGCAAUAGGAAUUUAACUAACUUGGUAAUUUCUCUGACAGCUAGACUAACUAACUUAUGUAGAGUUAAUGGAUUAUACCUCAAAACCUGUAAAAAUGCUGUUAUUUAAAUGUGUCUGUUUAUUUAAAUUAUUUAUAUAUUUCUGGCAUAAUUGGCCGACAGCAGUCAAGUCCUUCUGAACAGUUACCUAUCCUUUCAUAGAGUAUACACCUUGGUGAGUAACAAACAGAGUAGAACACUGAGUAACAUAAUUGAGCCGUGCCAUGAGAAAACCAACAUAGUGGGUGUGCGACCAGCAUGGAUCCAGACCAGCCUGCGCAUCCGCGCAGUCUGGUCAGGCUCCAUGCUGUUCGCUUUUAAAGCCUAUUGGAAUUGGAGAAACUGUUAGCGAACAGCAUGGAUCCUGACCAGACUGCGUGGAUGCGCAGGCUGGUCUGGAUCCAUGCUGGUCGCAAACCCACUAUGUUGGUUUUGUCAUGGCACGGCUCAAUUAUGAUUAAAUACUGUAUGUAAACAUUAAUAAGGGGAGAUAAAUCAUGUUCUAUUACUGAACCUGUUGAAUUGCUACAAAUUUUUAUCUAUAAAAACCUCUUGUUUAUUGUAUUACUGUGUAUAUAAAUUCAUAAUUAUUCUUUUUAAUUAGAUUGAAAAGCAUUAGUCACAGUUUUCUUUAAGGACUAAGUUGAAUGAGUCUACAAAAAUAAAUCUAAUAGAUAGAAAAAGAAGAGUAUGAAGUAUGUAUGCUGAAAAAAAAAAGUGAAUUUUGCACAUUUCGAACACAUAUUGUGACUCACCGUGCAAAAAGGACAAGAUCAAUGUGGAUCUGCAUCUAUUAAUGGAACUUUGCCUAGGUCCUAGUUGUGUAACUUAACUUGUGACAAACAGCUUGGAAGAGCCGAUAAUAGGGCCAUACAGGCUUUUAAAAGUCAAAAACAACGUAUGUAUAUAUGUUUGAAACCCUGUUCAUGCCAGUGUCAUGAUUUUAGUUAACAGUACAAUUAGCUAGAAGUCGUAAUGUUUAAGAUUCCAAAUAAGAUGGCAUUCCGGCAGCUUCUCCCAUUUUAGACAUUAACGCCGCUGGUCAACAUUCAGUUUCUAGUACCUGGAAUAAUCUGUACUGUUAAAUGACACCUUAUAUAAAUCCCCAGUCCAUAGUUUGUACUUGGCUAAAUUCAAAACUUGAAGAAAACAGAAAGAAAAUUUAUUCCUGGUGUCAUAAAACAAUUAUUGCAGGCUUGCUGGACAACAGCCGAAACUGUUGCCUGAGGUCUGAAUUUUUCUCUUUAUUUUCGUGGAGUUUUGACAUUUUGAACUAUAGACUGGUGAAUAGCAAAAAAUAAGGACAAAGUGUAUACUAUAUCAUUAUUAUUUGUGGUGGACUUACUCUGAAGGAUUGCAUGGUUUUAUCAGUCCUCAAGGCACAAAAACAAAAAAUGCUUCUCCUUCUGCAACAUGUAAAAGCCAGGCGAAAUUGUCAGCUUUGACAAAGUCAUGAAAUCUAAAUAAUUGCGCAGUAUUUGUGAGUGUCAUGCAAGUAAGACUUAACUGUUAUGCAAGUAUUUUCCAUGUAUCGUACAUGUACAAGAUCAGUAGUGUAAGAAAGCUGUGAGAAAAUUUCCUCAGUUUUUACAAACAGGUAGCUGGAUCAAUGAAUAUGUAAGCAGUGCCAUGAGAAAACCAACAUAGUGGGUAUGUGACCAGCAUGGAUCCAGAACAGCCUGCGCAUCCGCGCAGUCUGGUCAGGAUCCAUGCUGUUCGCUUUUAAAGCCUAUUGGAAUUGGAGAAACUGUUAGCGAACAGCAAGGAGCCUGACCAGACUGCGCGGAUGCGCAGGCUGGUCUGGAUCCAUGCUGGUCGCAAAGCCACUAUGUUGGUUUUCUCAUGGCGCGGCUCAAAUGAAUAUGUAAGAAGUAGCCUUCAAGUAGGUCUGUGUUUGGUAGGUAGUUCAACAAAGUACUGUACAGUCAUAGAUAUGCAAUAUAAGUCUGUUUUGUAAUUCGUCCAUUAAAAUGAAUUGUUACUAUAUUUCAGAUUGGUGCAUGGCGUCUUGUUUGUAAAUUGUCUGUCCAAAUUUUUAUGUGUUCUUUUUUCCCAUCUGUAAUAUUUAAACAAUGCAGUUUUUGGUAUAAUAAAGAAUUUUCUUCUUUGUGCUUAGUACUAAACAAAAGUGCAAUUUUCAACAUUCUUAUAGUCCGUGUCCAAUCCUUUUUAAAGUUCCUAAUGACUGUUUUAAACAAAUUGCUAAAAAGAUAUAAUAUGCAAAUGAUGUAUAUGAAAGUAAUGUUCCAUGCGGUUAUAUCUUUGAUUAGUAUGGGUUUUCAUGAUAACUGCCUUGCACAUCGCUGGUCAUUUUUCAGAUUUUUUUUUUUUGACUAAUAAUCUCUUACAAUAUAUUAAACACAUAUGUUUUUGGCUCACUUGAGAAUAUGAAUUGGAGCAUGUGUAUAAAAAAACUAGUUUGGAAAAUUGAAAGUAGUCAAAGGUUGAAUCUGAUACUUGAGUAAAUUACCAUGUUCAUUUUUCAUUGAAAAAAAAUAAAACCUCGCAUAUAAAAAACAA